UAAUUACUUAAGACUAUAAAUAGUUUAUGUAAACACCGUUGUCUAUUUUUAAUACAUUACUUUGCAUGAAUAAGCAAUAUUCGGACACUGCGCGUUAUUGGGAAAAUAAUGGAAAAAAAGUGUGAAUGAUGGCUUGUUAUUUUGAUGAGCAUGACUGUGAGCCAACUAACCCCGAGGAACAAUACCGCCAGAAUGCCCUUCUGGAGCUAGCCAGGUCACUUUUACAGGGGAUAGAGAUUGAUGUUGGGCUGUAUAACACCUCUGAGUGGGACCAGCGUUUGCCACCCCCAGCAUCCAAAGGAAUUGUACAGAAUCUCCCUAUGGUGGUCAUUACACCAGCACAAGCUGAAAAAGGAGUGAAAUGCCCCGUAUGUCUGCUAGAAUUUGAGGAAGAUGAAACUGUGAGAAAGAUGCCUUGUGAACACUUCUUUCAUUCUGGCUGCAUUCUGCCCUGGCUGGGAAAGACAAACUCAUGCCCACUGUGCAGACUUGAACUUCCUACUGACAAUGAGGAGUAUGAGGAAUUCAAGAAAGACAAGGAGCGCAAAAAACAACAGAAGCAUCGUCUGGAGAACCUUCAUGAUUCCAUGUACACCUGAGAACCAGCAGCUUUGUCCUGCAGUGUUUCCACUAUGACCCUCUCCUCUACGUCUACUGCAGAAUGUCACCAAACUUUUCUCGACUCGCCUGUCAAGCCAUUUUAAAGCAGUGCAAUGGGUAAAGCACAAGGUCCUCAAUAACCAUGGAGAAUGAUAAUGUGUGUACGUCCCGCAAUUCCAAGAAUAUCAUGAAAAAGAUGAACAAAGUACAGUAAAUCAGAUUAGCAGAUUGUACAAAAUAAGUGGGUGGUGCAGCGGGUAGUGUUGCUGCCUCACUGUGUUUAGAUUGUUGUUCUGUCUAAUUAGGUGACCCCUAGUAUGAAGUUUGAUGUUUAUUUUUCUGUUUCUUAUGCUGGAUACUCCCACUUUUCUCCCACAGUCCAAAGCCAUACCAGUUGGUGCGAUUGUCGUUUUCUAACUGGCCUUUGUGUGGAUUGUGUGUGGUUAUGCGCUUUUCAGCAGAUUGGCGUCCAUUGCUGCUGGGACUGGUGCAGACUCACCCACACCUUAUGGUGGAAAAGCAGACACAGAAUAUGAAUGGACGAAUAUAAUAAUUCAUGUCAGGUAUUGUGUAAAUGAUGGAAGCAGAAGGCAACCUUAUAUUUGAAAAUUUUAACCCUGAAGAAUAGUGGACGACACAUCAUGUGAGACAUUCUACCAGAUGGCGCCCCUCAACCCCAGUGGCCUUGUAAAAAAGAGUUUUGGGAAUUUUCCUAGUCUUUUCUACUACCUGGGGGAGGUAGAUGCCUCAAAUCGAUCAAUACGAAUUAGUCCUUGACAUUUGGCUAGAGGCUGUUUUGAAAAGGAGACUUUUUCCUCCAAAUCAGAGAAGGAAUAACGUGUGCAGUCUUUUGAAAUCAGGCCUCGAUAAACAGUGGAAUGUAAGCUCUGAACGCACGCGGGGCUCCCCCAGGAUUAGUCGCGGUGCAGCACACUGGGGACAAACGUGUUGGAAAAAAUGAUCAGGACCAAAAACCAAACUUGUGUCUCCUCAAUGUCUGAAUCUUGUAUGAUGCUAAAUUAAAUGUUUUCUGUAGUUUGGAGUACAGGUUUGCAAGAUUAAAGGAAUCUUCAAACAGAGCAAUGCAGGCUGCGGCGGACAUUUUUAAAUACAAUUUGCCAUUGUGCUUUGUGGGGAUACUGAAGAUGUAUUUUUAAGCAAAGGUUGGUGGGGUACAUUAACAAAACUGUUGGACUUCAUAAAUAUUUAUGUUUUAAUAACAAUACACAUUAUGAAACUGUU